ACGCAGAGCGCGCAGAGCACAAACCAGAGAGCCGCGGCUAAACUAUUAACACGAUUGCUUUCACACACUCACUCACAAAUCAUCAAAACCACAAACUCUUACAGAAACACCUCGGUAUGUACUCCAGCCGGACUGAUGGACCGAGGAGAGGAAGAUCUUUCGACUCCAUGAACACAGCCUUUGAUGAAAAGCAGCUCAACAAUGAGAUAAACAAGUCCAACUUCUGCAAGAUUGAGGAAAAUAAAGAGAAUAAGACGACCUCCUUGGACCGGGGAAGGGCUUCGGUGGUUUUCUCGCUGAAGAAUGAGGUUGGCGGAUUGGUGAAAGCUUUAAAGCUCUUUCAGGAGAAACACGUAAACCUGGUGCACAUCGAGUCCCGUAAGUCCAAAAGGCGAAGCUCAGAGUUUGAGAUCUUCGUGGACUGCGACAGCAACCGGGAGCAGCUGAACGAGAUCAUCCAGCUCCUCUGCUCUCACGUCAACGUUGUGUCCAUGAACCCGCCGGACAACUCCAGCCUCCCUGACGAUGUUAUGGAGAGCAUGCCGUGGUUUCCCAAGAGGAUCUCUGAUUUAGAUAAAUGUGCAAAUCGAGUGCUGAUGUACGGCUCUGAUCUGGAUGCAGAUCACCCUGGUUUUAAAGACAAUGUCUACAGGAAGAGGAGAAAGUAUUUUGCAGACCUGGCAAUGAGCUACAAAUGUGGCGAUCCCAUUCCUCGGAUUGAGUUCACAGAGGAGGAGGUGCAGACGUGGAGCACGGUGUUUCGGGAACUCAACAAGCUGUACCCCAACCAUGCCUGCCGGGAGUACCUGAAGAACCUGCCUCUGCUCACCAAGCACUGCGGCUUCCGCGAGGACAACAUCCCGCAGCUCGAGGACGUCUCGCGCUUCCUCAAGGACCGCACAGGUUUUACUAUCCGGCCUGUGGCGGGGUACCUGUCUCCUCGAGAUUUCCUGGCAGGGUUGGCGUUCCGAGUUUUCCACUGCACUCAGUACGUGCGGCACAGCUCCGACCCGCUCUACACACCCGAGCCAGACACCUGUCACGAGCUGCUGGGUCAUGUUCCCCUGCUGGCCGAGCCGAGCUUCGCCCAGUUCUCCCAGGAGAUCGGACUGGCUUCUCUCGGGGCCUCGGACGAGGCUGUGCAGAAACUGGCAACAUGCUACUUCUUCACAGUGGAGUUCGGCCUGUGCAAGCAGGAGGGGCAGCUCAGAGCGUACGGCGCCGGCCUGCUGUCCUCAAUCAGUGAACUCAAACAUGCUCUCUCCGGGAAGUCCAAAGUGAAGCUGUUCGACCCCAAGGUCACCUGCAAACAAGAGUGCAUCAUCACCACCUUCCAGGAUGUCUACUUUGUGUCAGAAAGCUUUGAGGAAGCCAAGGAGAAAAUGAGGGAGUUUGCGAAGACCAUCAAGCGGCCAUUCAGUGUGCGUUACAACCCCUACACACAGAGCGUGGAGAUCCUGAAGGACACCAAGAGCAUCACCACCGUGGUCAAGGAUCUGCGGCACGAGCUUGACAUCGUCAGCGAUGCCCUCAGCAGGAUGAACAAGCAGCUGGGGGUCUGACCCCCCCCCCCCCCCCCCCCCCCAUCCCCUCCCUCUGUUCCUGUAACAUCUCUGCCCCUCUUCCUGUUUCCCUUCACUCCCCUUCAGCCUCCCCUUCUCCAUAGCCCUUUCAAAAGCUUACUGUGGCAUGGUAAAGCAUAAGUAAAGUUUGAGAAUGAGAACGCGCCCUGCAGUCCAUCACGGCUUGUCCCUUAAACUUUAGUGAAAAAGUAAAGAAGGCUUAGUAGAAGCACAGUGACAGCAUGGUGAAAGGCAGUUCUUUAUGGCAAAGUGUGGUGACAAAAUAACAUUGACAUUGUAAAGAGCAGUAAAUACCAUGCGUGUUUUUACCGUGGUAAAGUUCUAUAAAGGCACAGCUCUCCCAACUCUCUCCAUGCUCUCCCUCAGGGCCCCCAUCCCGCUACUCUCUGGCACAAUCUCUUCUUUUCCCUUCCCUCAAUUUUACUAGCGUACACAGCUGGUGCUGAUGGGCAUCUUAAAAAGUCAAUGCGGUUCAGCGCCAAUAUUUAUUUUUUGCAUAUCCGUAAAGAUUAUAUAGGCCUAUAUGUUAGCACACACACACAUAUAUAUAUAUAAUAUAAUUUAUAAACUAUAUAUAAACACAUACGUGUGUAUGUGUGUGAGUGAGUGCAGAUAUUCAACCCUUUAAAAACCACUCCACCCCAGAACUCAAGAGUUCACAUUUGGACCGGACCGAUUGAAGCAGCGUGUUGCACCUGCAAGCUCCAAGUUGGCUUGUCUGAUUCUUUUCAGCAUUAAGUGAAAUAGCUGAGUGGUUACAGAAAGGGAGCCUCCAAAGCUAGCACAGUGUUGGGUCUCAUGUAUAAUAAAUGAUGUGGACAAAUGGUAACUGACAAUCAUUCUCACUUUGAUAAUACCAUCUGUCAAUAUUUAAUAAGCAAAGCUUGUAUACAUUAUGUGAUGGAUACGCUAAGCCAGUCAUACGUGGUCAAUGAUUACUGACGAUAGUUUCCCCAAGUCUGCCACGAUUUAGCAAGGAUAACCAACGGCUUGCAUAUUGCACCUUUUGAAUGUUUAUAGGCUGUUGAACCUUCCUGUGGGUCUGUCCUUGUACAGAACUUCAUUCGCUUUAUUAAAGAUGACAUUGAGCUAUAAGAUAAAUAUUAUGUGUUUGUGGAAACGUUUUUGCACAGAGCACAGUGGUAAGCCAUUGCAACGCGUGUGCUGAGUAAUAUGCAUCGGCUUCAGCUGUAGUUUUUAAAAAAAUGAAGGAUAUUCACAGGCUUUACCUUUAAAAGAAAGUGGUUCUUACUUCUCACUGACAAUCGAAUAGUCCUUUCCUAUCCGAAAAACAAAUAUUUAACAAUAUACUGUGAAAGAGUGAAAUGUGUAAAGCUCCUACAAUUUUUUUUUGAAAAUGCACACUUUGGGGCCAAAACUAAUCACUAGAUGCACAACAGAGUCACAGAAAUUACGUUACAAAACUACAUCUUAAAGGUGAAGCAAUUUUAGCCACAACAAAUGAUUCCUUGCACACCCAAUGAUCCUGGGUCCAAGGCAGCAUGCCUGCCUUGUGACACAAAAUCAAAGAGUUGUGAGAUACGAUAGCGCUGUGCUCACUGCAUUCUCAGUAACUCGCUUUAGGCAAACUGUGACCACAGCUCCUUCCAGAAGUGGCAGUGUCUCAUAUCCCAUAUGGAAAGUAAUUUUCAAUAUAUUAUUUUAUACAUGAAGUAUAUGUAGCUUUACAAUACAAAUGGUGAACCUGUAUUUUAAAUGCAGUAAAUGAAAAGACCAUAUUGAAAUACAUUUUCAGUAUAUUUUUAAACAUAUAUUGAAAUCGUAUUUUCUUUCCACGUGGGUAAAGAAUGGGGGUUUCGACUCCAUACUAGUGAAAUGCCAGUAGUGUUUAGUUUCAGUUUAUCUGAGUAAUGUAUUGUAUUUUCCUAUGUACAUAAGAGAUUCAGCAAGUAUAGGUUGACAAUGUUCUGCUUUUUUCUGCUUUUUCAUGAUGUAAAAUAAAUACAAAAAUAAAAAAAAUG